AUGGCGGACACUGUCUUGAAGCAUCGAGCUGAGUUUGCCUUUGCUCAGCUUGAGAACGAGAGAGCUCUGACAUCUCUUCGUGACGAGCUAAGGGUAGCUCAUGGGAUUGUUGAUCGGUCUCGGGAUGAGAUAACUGCUCUUCAGACCCUUGUCGAUGCCCACCAUCAGGAGCACAAGGCUCUCUGCGAGAUGCUUGAGCGCAAGGGCGUUCUUCAUCGGAAGAAGCAGCGUACUGAUGGUACGGCUUAA